GCCCUGGUAACAAAGAAAAGAAAGAUGGAGGAAUUGAGAACUGAAAAUUUGAGUGAAAAAAGACGAAAAAUUCACGAAAAUAGCCCAAAAUCGAAAGAUGAAACUGGCGACAAAGAAAACUUGGAUUCUGCAAAACAGAUAAAUAAACAGGAGAAUAAUACGCUGAAGGACAAAAAAAACAUGGUCAAUAACUGUUUUAAUAUAACUGAAGAAGAGAGGUCUCAAAAAGACAUGUCUAUACUUGAAACACCACCUGGAAGUAAAGACAACAUAGAAGGUUCCAGAAAGUUCGCAGAAUCGGAAUCAAGCAGAAUGGUAUCAUAUAAUACUAACGCUAUAGUAGUAGAUGUGGAUUCUAAGCCACAAAACGUGAUUAACAGUUUAGAAUUGGAAAAAACGAUAGCAGAUGCACAAUCAAAGCUAAGGAAACAAUAUAAAAAAUAUAAGGAAGCCAAAAGACAUAAACAAGAAAGGUCAGGUGGUAAUAAUCUGAAUGAAAACAACACCGAUAAAGAAUUGGAUGUUUUGGUACAAGAUAUUGCAGCUGAGAAAGAUGUGAAAAUGCUAUCCCAGAAAGACGAAUCUCUUGAAACUUUGUUGGAAAAAGAUAGAAAUGAAGAAAAUCAGCAAGAAGUGCAGAAGCGUACGGAGAGCAUGGGUAUAAAUAUGUUGAAUGUUGAUCAUGAAUAUGUGCAAAUACAAGCAAAAGAGAGUAAUGUGGUAGAACAA